AACUAUUACCAUUUUCAACUCUUCUGUAUUCAUCUCUUCAAUUUCAGAUUGGGAAUAAAGAAAACACAAGCAAAAUAAUCAUGGCUGUCGUCACAUUCACUGAUGAGUUCACUAGCCCUGUCCCUGCCAAAAAACUCUUCAUAGCCUUGAUACUUGAUGCUGACAAUCUGAUUCCCAAGCUGAUGCCUCAGGCUGUUAAGAGUAUUGAAACCAUCCAAGGCAAUGGAGGUCCUGGAACCAUCAAGAAAAUGACCUUUGCUGAAGGUGCUGGGCCUGGACUGAAGUAUGUGAAGCAUAGGAUUGAUGCAUUAGACAAAGAGAAAAUGACAUACAACUACACAUUGAUUGAAGGUGAUGUACUGAUGGAUAAAAUUGAAUCCAUAGCCUAUGAGAUUAAGUUUGAGGCCACACCUGAUGGAGGCUGCAAGGGGACCAAUGUUACCAAAUUCCAUCCAAAGGCAGGUGUUGAGAUCAAGGAAGAAGCAGUUCAGGAAGGCAAGCAAAAGGCUAUGGCUGUUUUUAAGGCUGUGGAAGCCUACCUUAUUGCCAAUCCUCAGGCUUAUGUUUAAUCACUGCCUUACUUUCACUCUGCUGAGCCUGCUACUUCAUUAUCUAGCUUCUAUAUUUGCCUAUGAGUGGCCUGAUAGUCAAUAAAACGAAUAAAGUUAUUAUCUA